GUAGAUGAGCCAGUUUGGAAGAGGAAGUUGUCGGGUAAUUUGUGAAUACAUUGGGACAGUGAGAUCAACUGGACUCGCCAUAUCUUUGGGAAAGUUACUGUGUUUUGAGACCGAAUGGAAGGGCGACAGGACAGUUCACCCAUGGAGGCUUUCGACAAGGACGUGUUGGAAAUGACUGUUGAAGAUGUGUAUGACAUUUCCUACGUGAUCGGCAGAGAUUUAUUAAAAGUCAACACAGGUGGCCGGGAAUUCUCGGAUUUACAGUUCAAAAUCGUCCGUGUGUUGGAGAUGUUUGAGACAAUGGUGAACAAGUACAAUCUGUCGAUGGAGGAGCUGAGGAUGGAGAUGGAUAAUAUGAAGCGAGAAAUGGACAGAGUUGUAGCAGAAGGUUCAAGUGGUAACGUUAAUACUAACAAUGAAAGUAUUGGGCCAAACAAACUAGUUGUCGACUUAAAAGACCCAAACAGACCAAGAUUCACCAUGCAGGAGUUAAAGGAGGUUCUGCAAGAGAGAAACAAACUCAAAGCCCAGCUUAUGGUGGCCCAAGAGGAACUACAGCUCUACAAGAGUGGGGUCCUCGGGUCAGAGCAAAGCAUGGUGGAAAUAAACCUGGACACGCUUCCUCAGUCAGAACCAGAACCCUCCAGUAUUAUAGAGGAGGACAAGGAGAAGAGCACUAUUCAGAAACUGUUCUCAUUUCGACGAAAGUAGUCAUCUGCAAAACCUAACCAGGAUUUAAUACAACAAACCAAGCGAAGCC